AUGUCAACAUCAGAGAACACAACAACUGCUAUCGUUCAUGAAGCCAUAAAUGAAGAAUAUGAGUACAUACAGUUUAACAAACAGUUACGUCUCAUUCGUUCGGUCAAAGACGAUAUGUACCAGAUGCAAAGUAUUUUGACGGCUUGUUUUGCUCCAGACACUAAGCUUCCUAAAGACUGGUUUAGGAACCAAAGCACCAUUGAACUCUUAAGCGAAGCACAGCGAGACAUACUUUUUUCUGAAAACAGUGAAGAACAGCGAGUAGGUAAAAAACCCCAGUCGCCAAAACUCUAUGAAAAUCGUGAAAAAUUGCCAAAUGGUUUGAGAGGUUGGUAUGUACAUAGACUUCUUGUAAAUGCUGUUGCAAUGUGGGCUUCGCCUCGUUAUGCUUGGAAUAUUUACAGACUUCUUGACGAAAUUCAUAGACAAGAACGUGAAGAGCUAGAGAACAAGCUUGAAGCAAAAGACAAAAACAUUCAGAAAAGAAUACCACGUUCGGUACCAAAAGGU